AUGGACGUCGCCUCCCAUCUUGUACCCCAGAACCGACGGCACCACCGCUCGUCCCACCUCAGCAACCCCACCCUGGUGAGCCUGGUGUAUUCGUCCCUCGACACCGACCGUCUUUUCCCCUCGCCCAAGCUCCCGCCACUGCUGUUCCCGUCGCCGCUAGUGCCGCCAAUGGCUCCCGGCAGUGGCCACCACGGACUGCUGGCUCGGCUGCCGCGCCCAGCCGCCGCGGCUAAACAUGCGGACGAUUUUAAUCAGGUGCCCAAGCGGUUCUCCCAGUUUAUCAUCGACCAGCAAAACCCCCACACCACGCAAAAACUUGAUAACCUCCUGCUUGCGUCGUUCAUUCUGGUCGAGGUCCCCGACGCUAAGCUCGCCUCCAAGCUGCGCCCGUCGCCCCUGAGCCGUCUGCCAAUGCUGUCUUCUGCCCCGCAAGCUUCGGUCCACAAUAUCGGCCGUGACAUCAGUGAUCUGAUGGAGUCUCAGGCCACCAUUUUCUCCACCCGAGGUCUGCCCCACGACGCUUCCAGUAGCGCUCGUCGCCGGCCACGCCUCUUUCAGCGGCGUCCUCGUCCGCAAUCGGUGCUGGUCGUGGACCGGCUGCUGCUGGUGGACUCACCGCUUAGUCGUCGCAAUGCUAUCCGUUUCAAGAAAGGCCUGGUCAUCUACCGUAUGUGGUUACGAAUGAAGAAGGCAUUCAGAGCGCUUAGAUGUCGCUUGUUCACAGCGCUGACCCCAGCUAAUCGAUCACCCCUGAUCCAGGGGAGACUGAGAACUCUUAAGCGCAAAUACCGUGAGAAGCCUCGUAACCCCGAAGUGGUGGAGGCUCUCAGACGAGGGUUAUCGGUGCUGGCCCCGAUGAACAACCCCAACUUGGGCCAAGGCACUCACCGCAUCAGCCUGCUCAACGAUGAUGUCAAACGCGCUGCUGGAGCUACCACCAGCCACCCUACGUUCCCUCAUACUCAGUCCGCUCAAGAAGUCCAGCGAGCUCAACAUGCUCAACAGGUCGAGGCUGAAGGGAGAAUGCGCCACUUGUUCAAUUAUAUUGAUCAGCAACAGGUGUCCUUCCUGGAACUCCAAACCCGUGACCGUGAAGUUGAUCGCAAGCAACUUCGUGAGAUGCUGAGUAAACACGAGUUGUCUCUGGUGAUAUCGAUAGCGGAACCGUCGCGCAAACCGCACGAGCUGCCUCGUCAACAUGUACCCAAACAUGUGACCAACCCUAAGGUUUCCGAUACGCCAGAGUACGCUGAAACCUCCGGGGGUGCUCUCAAAAAGCAGCGCAAAAAGCUUCCUUUCACUCAACCGCCGAAAACGCCAACCAAGACUCCCAACAAGACCCCUUCUAAAACUUCCACCAAAACUCCCACUAAAUCCCCUAAACAAAAGCAUCUGGAGCAAUACCAAGGGCAAAAUGACCAGCACGAGCAAGUGCCUCCUACUCCUCCACACAAGACCACAGCCCAACCCCCGAUCACCGAACGCGUCAUCUCGCAAAAAGCUAAGCCCGCUGGCAAGAACCCAACCGACCUCAGUGUGCUCGAUGCAUACUACGAUCCCAGUUCGAGCUCUCCUGAAGGGAAAGAGCUUGUGUUUGAGGACGAGGUUGACAUCUCCACCGCUCAUAUGGUAGACUUGUGGCGUAUGUACCUCAAGGCAGUUGUCACUAGCCGCAUUAAGCUCCGCCAGGAAGUCAACGAGUUCAGACAGUACAUGGAGGACCGUCAAGCAACGCCUAUCUUCGAGCUGAACGAAAUCUCGGUGCUGAGACAAUCGCUGGCCAAGCCUGAUGUUGCCUCUAUUCAGUCAGCGGAACUGACAGCAACGUUGGACUCGCAACUGAAGCACUUCUCCAUGAACCGCCGUCUGAUGCUUGGCGAAAUGCUUGAGUACGACUCUGCCGAUGGCGAGCUGAUGAUUUCCCGUCAACUGACGAUCCUUUCGGCUCGAGAGGUAGGAGACUACUCACUCAACCGCAAUUACGGCACGGUGGUGGUGCGGCGCCGCGGGUCGGCUACUGGCUCCAAUACCUCUGCUGCUACCUACCCUGCUGUCUCGUCACCGCUGGGCCUGCCCAUGCGGCGUCUGCGUGCGGUGAAAAACUUCAAAAACGUCUCGAUUGAAUCGUGA